CCCCUCCAUCCUGCGGAGGUGCGCCUGAGCUCAGGCAUCGCACUCGUUUUUACACAUUCGACAUCACUCUCACGCUAGCAUCUACCCUCAGCCCAAUCCUCUCCUCGCCGAUGGCUGCUGCAACGACGUCGUCCACGCCGACGUCUGCCAGCAAUGGCCUGCCGCAUCGCCAAGCCGCUGCUUCGCCCUACAAUGCAGCCGCUGGCCCAUCGUCACAGCGCUCUUCGUCAACAAUCAACGGCGGCGGCGGCGAUGCACGUAUGCCAUCUUCGUCUUCACAACGGCCAUCUCGUGCUACGUCGUCGCACGCUCGUGACCCGCGCAACCUCUCCAUCAUGUCCGACCAUCACUUUCUGCCGCAGGACGGAGGCGGCAUGGGCCAAGCAGUGCAGUCGCCCACUACUCUUCAACCAUACGAAGUAGAUGGCAACGGUGUGCCAAGCCAAGCAUACUACAACGGGCAUCACGGCGACGAGCCGGAAGAUUCCUCCAGCAUCCGCGAUGAAGACGAGGAAGAGGACGACGAUGAUGACGACGAUGACCUCUCUACCACAAGCGGCGGCCGUCAUGGCAACCUGCUUCGCCCAGAACCAGAAGACUACGUCGUCACCGAAUCACCCUACAUGACACACUGGUUCUCCAAGCGCCACCUCACCGGAGGCAAUCCCAAGCCGCGGUCGCGCCUUGACCUGCCAGACUGGCGAAUGCGAGAGCGCCUGCGUACAGUGACGGCCGCCUUGGUCAUGUGCUUGAACAUCGGCGUCGAUCCGCCAGAUGUGUCCAAGACGAAUCCUUGCUCCAAGCUCAUCUGCUGGAUGGACCCGUCCUCCCUCGAGGUGUCCAAAGCCUUGCCUGCCAUCGGCAAGAACCUGCAGGCGCAGUUUGAGACGCUGAGCAUGAAGACGAGGUACAAGCAGUACUUGGAUCCAAUUGUUGAGGAGACGAAGCGCUUCUGUACCGCGCUGAGGAGGACGGCAAAGGAUGAGCGAGUCCUCUUCUACUACAAUGGCUUCGGUGUGCCUAAGCCUACGCCUGGAGGAGAGAUCUGGGUGUUCAACAAGGCGUACACGCAGUACAUUCCUGUGACUCUCUAUGAUCUGCAAGCAUGGCUAGGCAACCCCUGCAUCUUUGUCUGGGACGCAAGCGCUGCAGGCAAUGUAGUCGUCAACUUCAAGAAGCUGGCGGAGCGCAGAGCAGAAGAGGAGGCCAAGAUCAAUGGCGGCGCUUCGUCUUCAGUCCCACGUCCUGGAGCAGAUGGCGAGCAUUUCCCUCUGCGAGAAAGCAUUCACCUCGCGGCAUGCGGUCCAGACGAGAUACUCCCCAUGAACCCAGACCUCCCCGCCGACCUCUUUACCUGCUGCCUCACCUCGCCCAUCGAGAUCUCAUUGCGGUGGUUCGUACUCCAGAAUCCGCUCCCCUCGAAGCUCAACGUGGACAUGGUCAUGAACAUUCCCGGUCGUCUGCAAGAUCGCCGUACACCACUCGGAGAGCUGAAUUGGAUCUUCACCGCCAUCACCGAUACCAUUGCAUGGACUGUGCUGCCUCGCAACAUCUUCCGCCGACUCUUCAGAGACGACCUGAUGGUUGCGGCUCUGCUACGUAACUUCCUCCUCGCUGAGCGCAUCAUGCGCUUCUACCAUUGCACGCCAAUGUCGCACCCAAAGCUUCCACCGACGCACAAUCACCCGCUCUGGAACAGCUGGGAUCUUGCGGUCGACCAGUGUCUCGCACAGCUACCGACCCUACUCGAGAAGGAAAAGGCGCAACGUAUUGCGGAGGAAGGCGGGCCGCCUGUUGAGCCAAAGCUCGCCGCCUUCGAGUACAGGCAUAGCACCUUCUUCAGUGAGCAGCUCAAGGCUUUCGAGGUGUGGCUCAGCCAAGGUGGAGUGAGCAGGCAAGGCCGCAGGAGGAGGGCGGACGCUCAUGUCAGCUCGAAGCAGAGUCAUGAAGGCACACACGACCUGGAUGCAGCGGAGGAAGACGAAGAGGAAGCAGACGAGGAAGGCACGGCUCGCCAGCUCCUAGACCCUCCGGAUCAACUUCCCAUUGUGCUGCAAGUUCUCCUGUCUCAAGUCCAUCGUCUACGCGCCCUCAUCCUCCUCAGCCAAUUCCUCGACCUGGGACCGCGAGCAGUCAAUCUAGCACUCAGCAUUGGCAUCUUCCCCUACGUACUCAAGCUCCUGCAAUCGCCGGCUGUGGACCUCAAGCCGGUCCUCAUCUACAUCUGGGCGCGCAUACUCGCCGUGGACCGGUCGUGUCAGAACGACCUGCUGCGCGAUAGUGGCUUUGUCUACUUUGUGGGCGUGCUCAGUCCAUUUGCUCAAGGCAACGGCGGCGGUGCAGCCGGCGGUCAAGGCGGCGCAAGUCUGCCCAUCCCCAACGUCAGCGAGCAUCGCGCCAUGUGCGCUUUCAUCCUCUCGGUAUUCUGUCAGGACUUUCCGGCGGGGCAGCAGGCAUGCUUACAGCAGACGGAUGCGAUGGACUCGUGUUUGGAGCAUUUGGAGGACGACGACUUCUUGCUGAGGCAGUGGAGCGCUCUGUGUUUGGCGCAGCUUUGGGAUGGGAGCGAUGAAGGAAAGGCGAUGGGGAUCAGAAAGGACGCGCAUGGGAAGUUGUGCUACAUGCUGGGUGAUGUGAGCCCUGAGGUACGCGCAGCGGUCUUGUACGCUCUGAGCACCUUGCUUGGCGCGAGUGGGAGCAGCGUCGAUCCCUUCGACCCCGUCUCAUCGAUGAGCGCUUCGGGUCAGUCAUCCUCAAGUCGUUCUCAAUCCGGCGGUAACACACAGCGUCAUCGCUGCCUGGGCACAGGCUCUGCCCUCGAUCUCGACGAAUCGGCGCAACGCAGCCUCGAGAUCGGCAUUGCGAUUGCCAUGCUCAGCACGCGCGGUGACUGCUCGCCUAUGGUGCGCAAGGAGCUCGUGAUCGCACUCAGUGCCGUCGUACGCGAGUACAAGGGCUUCUUUGUACUUGCGGCCUACCUCUACUACGACGAUGAGGAGACGAGACUGCGCUCUGCGAGGAAGAAGGAGAGGGAAAGCGCGAAGAGGUCCAGCAUGGGCGGGUUGGGCGUCGUAGAGGAGUUGACCGGCGCAACAGAGGCGAUGAGCCUCAAUGGUGGCAGCGACGAUGGAUCUUCUGCGGCCAAUAAGGGGCAGGACGCUCUCCUCGCACGUGUGCUCAGCAAGCUCGCCCUCGAGGAAGGCCUCACCGAGGAGGACAUAGCCAAUGUUCCUGCCUUCUCGACUCUCUUCGUCUCGCUGCUCGACCUCAGCGUUGACGGCUACACGGAGGUAGCGGCGAUGGCCAAGACGGUCGUCGACUACAUCCUUGCCCUCCUCCUGGAGAGCGAGGUAGCACGAGCGUCAGAGAGCAUUGUGAGGCGCUUUGGAGCCGCAGGACAGGGAGCAAGCAGCCGUGUCGUGCUUCCAACUAGCGUGCAUGGUGGCGGGGCCAGCGCAGCCGAGGACAGCUACUUCUCUUACAAUCCGCGCUCCUCCGAUGGCGUGUCGGCUUCAGAGAGCCUCGUCAGUCCGCACGGCACGGCCUUCGGUCCUCACGGCUCUACAAGACAUGCAGCACCUCAUCCUCGACGGGCCCCCUCUCUUGCGCAGACCGUCAAGGCUAUUGCUACUUUGGGCUACUCGAGGCCGGCGAGCCCUGUGCCUUCGCCUGAGUCGAGAUCGCCAGGAGAGGGAAGUCCGGCUACCUACAGCCCAGCAUCGGCUCCUCGCGUGCCGGCGCCGCGAUUCAACGUCAUGGGAUACCAGUCGCCCUACGUGUCAGGCUCAGAUGGACAUCAGGCUGCCUCGCGAUCUGGCGCUACAACGCCCACCUCUCCUUCGAGUAGCAGCGCAGCCGCUCUACUGGCUAAGCGAUCGGCGUCUGCAGAGUCACUCGCUCACAUUGCUCGACGCGCCAAUGCCAAUGCUGCGAGCAGCAACAAUGCGAAUAGCGGCGGCACCACCACGCCAGGCGCCAACGCAGGCGAGCAGCGAGGCUCGGCCGCAGGGUCUACUACCGACUCGCCCGACGACUUCUACCGCCCCUCAGCAGACGUCCAGGUAGGCGAUGCGCUCGCGGCACUCAUCUCCGUCGAUCUCCAACGCUUCCGCAAUCGCGCCUCUCUCGCUAGCGGCGGCACUGUGGGCGGCAACGACAAUAAUGCCUUCAACAAUGGUACUCCUGGCUCUGGUCUAUCCUCCGCAGGCUCCACUCCCCUUCCCUCGCCGUCCACAUCCCGCACAGCAAUGAAGCACCUCCUCUCCGACCCUGGACUCGGAAACGACGAUAUCCUCGACACGCUACCGCUCAAGAGCAGACUGUUUGGGUGGUGCAGCGAAUACUAUCGGGAGCCGCAGAUGAAGCCUGCGGAGAGCGAGGAACCGGGCUCUGUCAAGUACAAUGUGCAGACUUGGAAGCGACAGCGCAAUGAGAGGAUAGUGGCGCAGAGCCAGGUGCAGGUGGAUGCGGCUUUCUCCUCCAGCUCAGCAUCAUCGACGCCAGGUGGCAAGGGUCAGGCCAAAUGGACGCAACCCGUCUCUACGCUUCGUAGUGGCGCUCCACCCUACAGCAUGGUCAUGCACCAAUUCGAGCCGCAUCUCGUCACCGCCUCCGAGCGGGACGUGGUCUCCGUCUGGGACUGGGAGCGUGCCCGUCUACUCAGUCGAUUCCACAACGGCAACGCCCGCGGGACGAACAUCACCUCCACCUUGUUCAUCAACGAAGAAGUAGAUGGGCUCCUUCUGGUCGGAUCAGCAGAGGGAGACGUGCGAAUCUACCGCAACUACGACCGUCCCACCUGGAUCCCAGGCACGCGCGGCCCCAAUCUCAUCUCCACCUUCCGCGCUCUUCCCGACCUGGUACGCUCCCGCUUCCCCUCCGGACUGAUCUGCGACUGGCAGCAAUCCACCGGCCACCUUCUCGCCGGAGGAGACUCUCGCGUCCUACGCAUCUGGGAUGCUCAUCGCGAGCUCUGCGUGUGCGAUAUCCCCACGCGCACCUCUAGUCCCGUCACCUCGCUUUCCUCCGAAUCAGACGUGGGUCAUAUCUUCGUUGCCGGCUUCGGGAACGGGACUGUCGCCGUGUACGAUCGCAGGAAUCCGCCUGAGGCGAGUCUGGUCAGGCUGUGGGAGGAGCAUGGGACGUGGGUGCAUAAUGUGCACUUGCAGAAGAGGGGGAAUCGCGAGCUGGUGAGCGCGAGUGAUGAUGGGGAGGUGAGAUUGUGGGAUAUUCGUGGACGAUCGUCUAUCUCGAGGGCGAGCUUGGGCGGGCAGCUCAGGGGCAAGUUGAGCGGCUUUGCUGUUCAUGAGCGAGCGCCUGUCUUCGCUGCCGUGUCCACGCCCAGGGCCAAAGUGGGAGCCGGUGGAGCAGUGCAUGGCGCAGGACCGCAUGGUGUCCAAGGCGUGAGUGCCACUCCGCAGCAGGUCCUCCUUGGCGCCUUUGCCGACCCGACGAAGAGUCUCACGACGUGGACACGCCACUUUGCUUCAUCGCAAGGCGUGGCUGCCGGACACGGUGGGUCGCAUCAUCACCACGGGCACCAUGGCCACCACGGCGGCCCGACUUCAGCGCACCAAGCGGCCACGAGCACGACCAGCACCCUGCCUGGCGCUUUGCUCGACUCGCCGCUCACCAACUUCUCGCCCGCGAUGGGAUCCGUCGCCCUUCACCCGCACUGGCCGCUCGUGGCCUACGCAGGGCCGGAUGUGGCGGGCACGAUCGAGGUGAAGCGCAUGCCAGAGGACGCGGCGACGGCUGCCGCGGCAGCUGCUGCUGCAGGUGAGGGCGGGGCUGCGACGGACCCCGCGGCGGCGCAAGGGGAGGUGGCGCUGCCGAGCUUUGAUCAGCUGUUUAAAGGUGCGAAUCAAAGUGGUGAUAGUGGGUCGAAGAGGAGGAGUUGGAUUCGGAUCUAAGAGGAAGGCGAGAGUAAGACAGAGCAGACGGUACUGUAAGACGCACUCAGGCAUGACCUCGUUUUCUCUACGCACGAUAUACAAUUGAGCAACCCAUGACAUC